UCUCAACUUUUCCUUCCCUAUCCUCCUUGUUCCGAAAAUCCCAUUCCAAUCCCAACCACAAACAAAAUGGACCAGCAACUCGACGUCUCCAAGCUCAGCGAAGCUGACAAGAAAGAACUGAACCAGUUUCUGACCAACGAAGCCCAGAAGUCGAAUAUCCAGCAGACCGUGCACCACCUCGCAGAUGUCUGCUGGAAGAAGUGCAUCACCUCUAGCAUCACAUCUGGUCGCCUGGACCGAUCCGAAGAAUCGUGCGCACAGAACUGCGUGGAGCGGUGGAUGGAUACGAACUUUGCGGUCCUGAAGCAUUUGGAGACCCUUCGCGGAGGCCAAUAGACGGGGUCUCUCUUCGUUGGCGAUGGACUUUCUGGGAAUAUCCUUGCUUUUUGGGGGUUGUUGUUGUUGUUGUUGUUGUUGUUGUUGAUGAAUGAAUGGCUCGAGAGGUAUUAUAGUAUUAUAGGACGUGUGAAGAGCGAUUUAUGGUGGCAUUAUCGGGUGAUAUGCGAUAACUUGGUACUCUCAUAGAUGCUUUCAAAGUCGGCUGGGGUCAGGUUGUGAUUGAUUGAUUGAUGUAUUAUUGUCCAAUGGGGGGUUCAUAGGGUUGGAUAUUUAUGUACUACUGUAUAAAUAGAAUUGAAUGUUUCUUUCUUUUUAA